AUGUUUUCACUGGCUAACGUUGUGGGUACACCACUUGUGAUUGACAAAGCUACUAAUAACAGAACGAGACCAAGUUGUGCAAGAGUUAAAGUGAAGGUAGAUCUUCUGAAAGAACUUCCAAAGAGGAUUCAGAUAAACUGUAUUCAUGAGGAAAUAGGGGAAGUUCAAUCUAAAUGGCAAACCAUUCAUUAUGAUUACCUACCGAACAUCCAUCGUAAUACAGGCCUAAGAAGGAGAAAGAUGAAGAGAUGGAACAGGGGAAACAUCAUGAUGGUCAAUCAACAACAGCAAGCAGCCAAAGAUUCCAAAACUGCAGCUUCCACAAUUGUUGAGAAACAACAGAAUAUGGGAAAGUCAUCAAACCUGGGCAACAAAGGCAAAGACAAGAAGUAA